AUGGCUAACAACACGGGGAUGAGCGCCACCGAACUCGCGGGCUCGGUGGGGUUGAUCCUGGCGGUUCUCGUAGAAGUGGGGGCCGUGCUGGGCAACGGCACGCUGCUCGUGGUGGUGCUGCGCACGCCCGGGCUGCAAGAUGCCUUCUACCUGGCGCACCUGUGCGUUGUGGACCUGCUGGCCGCCGCCUCCAUCAUGCCUCUGGGCCUGCUAGCCGGGCCGCCCGGGCUGGGCAGUGUGCCCCUGGACCCCUCAUCGUGCCGCGCGGCACGCUUCCUCUCGGCGGCUCUGCUCCCCGCCUGCACGCUCGGCGUGGCUGCGCUCGGACUGGCGCGCUACCGCCUCAUAGUGCACCCGCUGCGGCCAGGCGCGCGACCGGCACCGGCGCUAGUGCUCACCGCGGUGUGGGCGGCGGCCGCGCUCCUGGGCGCGCUCUCCUUGCUCGGGCCACCUCCCGCGCCGCCUCCGGCUCCGGCUCGCUGCUCCGUGCUGGCCGGGGGGCUCGGGCCCUUCCGGCCGCUCUGGGCGCUGCUGGCCUUCGCACUGCCCGCCCUCCUGCUGCUGGCCGCCUACGGCAGCAUCUUCCUGGUGGCGCGGCGCGCCGCCCUCCGGCCCCCGCGAGGGACCCGGCUCCGCUCCGACUCUCUGGACAGCCGCCUCUCCUUCUUGCCAUCCCUCCGGCCACGUCUACCCGGGGGCAAGGCGGCCCUGGCCCCAGCUCUGGCCGUGGGCCAGUUUGCAGCCUGCUGGCUGCCUUAUGGCUGUGCGUGCUUGGCGCCCGCGGCGCGCGCUGCAGCAGCCGAGGCGGCGGUCACCUGGGUAGCCUACUCCGCCUUCGCGGCUCACCCCUUCCUCUAUGGCCUGCUGCAGCGCCCGGUGCGCUUGGCGCUGGGCCGCCUCACUCGCCGGGCGCUGCCUCGGCCCCCGAAAGUCCGCAUGCCGCAGGCCUGGCACCCGCGGACACUCCUUCUGCGCCUCCAGGGACUUCGCAAGGACCCUGCCCUAGGCCCUUCCGAGGCACCAGAACAGACCCCAGAACUGGCAGGACAGAGCUCGAGUGUGUCAGAGGCCACCUGA